AUGAAGUCCUCAGCUUUACAACUCCUGGCCCUGGCAUCUUUUGCGCCGUGUCUUAUCUCUUCUCAGGAUGCUCCUCUUCCACCUGAAGAUCCUGCAAGCACAUCGCUUGUGUUUGUGACCCACGGCCCGCCAAGGCCUGUUAUACCUUUGCCUGGAGAAUCAUCAACUCCUUUGGCAGAUCAGCCACCCGAGAGUCUCAGUGAUGUCGGUGGCAGUGCUUCAUCUGCUGCAACAUCUGCCAGUCAAGAUGAGGACCUAUCAGCCAUUGAUGACAACGAUCAGCCCGUCGUUUCUCAGACCCCGGCGCCUUCAGAUAUAGAAAGCACUGUAACUCAGGACGUUCCUGUGCCCUCCCAGGCUACCUCAGAAGUUGCCGAUCCCAAGUCCACUUCUGAUGAUGAUGGGCCGCCUGUGACAGCUGCUCCUGGAACGGAAACAGAAGGAGAGCAAGCGACUGUCACAGGAAGUGAUGACCAGGUCAUAACUUGGAGUGCGGUCCGAGACCCUGAACAUACAGACAACACCAAAACAAUAACUCAGACUGAUGAUGACGGAGCCAUUGUCCCCAUAUUCCCUGGAGGUUGGAAGUGGAUCCGAAUUGACGGUCUCAAAGGUGGACCAUUGCCGACCGGCAAUCCCAAGCCAAUAGACACUGGUAAAGAUGACCCCAAGGAUGAUAACAAAGACGACGACGACGACGAUGAUGAUGAGGAUGAUGAGGAGGAGGAAGAGUGCACUACCACUGCUCCACCAAAGUGCACUUUGACUCUCUCAUACUACACAGGCGAAGACGGCGAGGGAACGAGCACCCGAAUCGGUAGUUGUGCCCCGGUCACAGGAUGCGUUUCCAGUGAACAAAGCACAACAACCACUACAAUCGCCUCAGAUAUCCCUCGCAUUACCGGUGUGUUAGAGAAAGAUAACUUCGGAAGGGAGGAUGUUGAUCUGGGCCCCAUGGAUGAAGAUACCGUGAGGUACUUUGCGGAAAUGUUCAAGAAAUGGGGCAUAUCAGGCAACAGCACAGACACUGAGCCACCUAAGCCCUCUUGCGAUAUGUAUGCCCAUGGCGCUGAUGCUGACUGCAUGGAGUUGUUUUCGGCCUCCUUCUGCGAUACUGUGAAAGAGGGUAAUAACCAGGCUGUUUCAACAAACCUCACGUACCAGGAUGUUGCGGGAGAUUCCAAGAGGGCUGUCGCAACUGGCGCAGAGAGAAGAAAUCUUUGGCGCCGACAGUCUAAAUGCUCAUCACAUGAAUUCGACUUUGAGUGGACUGGCGGUGAUGGCUCCUGCGAUCUCUCUUGCUCCAAAGCAUACUCACAGCUUCAAAGCCAGUGUCACAGGUCACUUUGGUUUGCCGGGUUGGCUACAAAAGGAAGCAUAGAUGUCGGCUGUGGGACUUACAGCUAUCGCGUCUCCAAGAAGGCUGACGUAAAGCUCGAGAUCCACAAUCUGCAGUGCAAUAACGAGGACGACUUUCGGGGUCAUGCUGACAUUUCAAGUGGCGCUGCUUAUGAUGCGAUUUUCGACGCAUGCACACACGCUGACCAAGAGAAUUUAUACAUGACGCCUGACUCGAAGCCGUAUGUGAAGGAAUUCAAGGACGACGACAGUACCAAGCACCGUGUUACAUGGUCUUGGGUCGACGGGUGCAGUAUGAAGAACGAGAAGGUCAACGUCUUGGAUCCGCUCGAUGAAGGGAUAUUGUCGAUGGGUGUUCAUCGCUGCGUUAUGGUCCUCUUAAAUGCUCGGUAUAAAUGCGAAGACGAGAAUGGUGGCGUGGGAGCUUCAGAAGAUGUUGGCUGUGUUCGGUACAAGCUAGAUUCUGUGUUUGAUAACUUUGACGGGCCUCGCUCUAUGCCCAAGUUCCACAAGUACCUUCCAUCCUCGUCCAACGCCUCUGUCAUCAUCAUAACCCGUCGUCAGGAUGUUGUGAAUCUCAUUUCGUGCGAAACGUCAAUAGAAGUGGCAGCCAUGAACGAAAGCGAUGCACUGGAACUUCUACUACAAACAUCCAAAACCACUCUACCCAAACAACAGGACCGCCAAAGCCUUACCGCUGCCCGUCAAAUCUUCGAAGCUCUUUGGAAGAAUCCGCUUGCUAUCGUCCAGGCGGGCUCGUACAUUAAUCGCUCCCGACUGGACUUUGUCGCCUUUUCAGGUUUACGUGAGGAUCGGGCGAGGCUUCUUCUCGCAAAAUCAUCGACAAUAGAGUACUUCAACACCCAGGAAGGCUCCGGCAUACCCAUAGCCAUCACACUUCUCACGGCCUGGGAUCUCACUCUCAGCCACCUCGAGAACGAGGUGGGAGGUGCCCCCAAGGCUCAUAAAGAUGACCUGUUGAAUCUCUUUGCCUACCUUCCAUCUCGGAGCUUUUCAGAAUCAUACCUCGUAUCAUUUUGCUCCAUAAUGGAGCCGUGGGGCACGACUGAUGCCAUGGCGAAAGAGCCGGGUUCAUUUGUUACAUCAUGUCUCCAAGCCUGGGACUCGCGUGCAUUCUCUGACAUCUUGGCAGAGUUCUACGAUCUUGGGCUCAUACAAGAGUAUAAACUUGACAAGGACGGAUUUUAUGUCGGGGAAAUACCAGUCAUGGUUCAGGAUUGCGUGCGUCUUCGGCUUCCUUGCGAGACCAGGAGCAAGUAUGAACGGCUGUUUGCUGAUAUUAUUCUUCACUCCGAUAAUUCACCGAGACACUCACCUACAGAUGGGACUAACCUCGAAGACUGGCAAGGUACGGUCAUGCAUCUCAUUAAGUCAUGGGACAUGCCUCUGUGGGAAGAGCAAAUCGCCAAACUUGUGCUCAAUAUCUGGAAUUCGGGCGAUGAAUAUGGUUUUGAUUUCGCCAAAGAAUAUCUCAGUCUCUCUGAGGUGAUUGAGGAUCUGGCCUCAGAGGUUUUAUCAUUCCGGUCGUUUUUGAAAGACGCGCAUUCUUUAGAUAACCUGAGGAACAAGAUCAUAUGCGUGGCUAAGCUCUUCCCUAAAGGAGUUGAUGAAGAGGCCACCGAUAACUUCCUCCCGCAUCUAGAAAGUGAAAGCGAGGGAUGGAGUGACUUCACACAGGCUUUGCUCGCAGACGUGAUCAAGUGGUUGUUGCCAGUAAUCAAGUUCGUCGGCCCGCUUUCUCCGAGCUUUAUUGACCCAAUACGCUUCAUGGGUAAUAUUCUCAUUUCCCGAUCGAGACGCCAGCAUGCUAUCCAAGGUUUCCAACUAUUAAAGGGCGCUUUCAUAGCCAUCGGGUCUCAAGAGAAAUUUUGCCCAGUUGAGAUUGAGUGCCUGGAUGCCCUUUGUCAGGCUAGUAUCGCCUGCGGAGAGUAUGAGACGGGCGAAGUAUUAGCCAGGAUUCUCAUUGGCCGUUACAUCAGUGAGGACGAGGGAGGAAGAUUGCCAUACGCAAUGCUUCAUCUCGGGAUAUCCUUGUACUUUAUCGGGAAUAAGGAUAGGGAGGCGGUCAAUGUCCUCGAGGAGGCAUCGAAUAGUUUUACCGUGAUCCUGGGAGACACCCACCUUGACAAGCUCAGGUGCGAUGCGCGCCUUGCUUGGGCCUUGCCCUGGAUAAAUAAGCCGAGACGAGCUCUCGGGGUCGCGACCAAGACCUUGCGAACAGUUCGAGAGUACUAA